AUGCGAGCCUUCACAGUCUUGUCGUUCCUCUCUGUCGGCGUUUGCCUAGCGCUCGCCGAAGACUUGCCUAGCUCGAGCUUCGCCUACGGAGUAAACGACCCGGCGACCGGCGACCUUAAGGACCAACAGGAAGUCCGCGUUGGCGAUUCCGUUUCCGGUCGUUACCGGACACUCGACGCCGACAAUUUUCUGAGAACGGUCAACUACAAGGCUGACGAUUUGAACGGAUUCACCGCCGACGUCUUACGCCAACCAAUAGUCGUGCCGCCCGUCGCCUUGGAUCCGGCUGUUGCACCAGGCCCGGUCUUCGAAUCUCCCGAGUCUGUCUACUACGAACCGGCUGUUGCACCAGGCCCGGUCUUCGAAUCUCCCGAGUCUGUCUACUACGAACCGGCUGCUGUUUACCACUCUGCCGAGCCCAUUGCCGCCUAUCAGCCCGCUGCUCCCGCCCCUGUUUACCAUUCUACCCAGCCCUUUGCCGCCUACCAACCCCAAGAACCUAUCGUGUACCGGUCAUAUUCGCCAUUGGUCUACAAGUCGCCCGAACCAGCCAUUUUCCAACAGUUUGCGCCGCCGACUUUUGUCAAAACCACUGUAGUGGAGCCAACACCGAUCGUACCAGCUGCACCAGCCGUGUACGCCACGUACACUCGUCCGUCCAUAUCUGCUUUGAUAAAGAGCAAAUUCCACAAACAUCCGAUCGUGUCGGCGUUAAAGAAAGUCGGCUCGUAUUUGACUAAAAAACAUUAA